ACCCAGAGUCCUCUUUGCCACCCUGGCCUUCCUCCUGGGGCUCUAAGCUCCAUUUUUUACAGGACACAGCCUUCCUGCCCACAGAAAUCAGUCCAUGGCCAGGGCUUGUUCCCUGUGCAAUCUUCAAGAGUUUAAUUUUACUUGUAGUUUCUGACCACGCCCCCAGCCCCUCACUGGGGAUUCUAGGCGGGGCUCCACCCUGACCACGCCCCCAGCCCCUCACUGGGGGGUUCUAGGCGGGGCUCCACCCCUGACCACGCCCCCAGCCCCUCACUGGGGGAGUCUAGGCGGGGCUCCACCCUGACCACGCCCCCAGCCCCUCACUGGGGGGUUCUAGGCGGGGCUCCACCCUGACCACGCCCCCAGCCCCUCACUGGGGGAUUCUAGGCGGGGCUCCGCUCUGACCACGCCCCCAGCCACUCACUGGGGGAUUCUAGGCGGGGCUCCACCCUGACCACGCCCCCAGCCCCUCACUGGGGAUUCUAGGCGGGGCUCCACUCUGACCACGCCCCCAGACCCUCACUGGGGGAUUCUAGGCGGGGCUCCGCCCUGACUAGCCUACCUUGUAUCGCUGUGUUGUGUAGGGUUUAUGGUAGACCUUGUCUGGGAGUGCUCAGCUUCUCAGUCCUUCAGGAGUGCAGGCUUGAGAUUUGUGUUGUUGCAGCACAAGUGAUAAAACGGUGGGACCCAGACUUGUUACGCCAGCACUCUUGAGUGAGCUACAUGCCCAGUCCUCUUUUUACUGUUGUAGUUGAGGCUGGCUUCGAACUCCUGAUCCUCCCACUUCCACCUCUGGAGUAUUCGGAUCAUAAGUAUGUACCACUGACAGUUAUGGCUCUCUUACUUUGUAUUUUGAGAAGGCCUUGCUGUGUAGCCCAGGCUAGCUGGGAACUCCGUUUCCCAGAUGCUAGGGUGGUAGUCACGUCCCCUGCAUACAGCCCAGUUUGCGGUUCUUGGCUCAGGCACUUCCUCUCAUGGCCACCGGAAUCCAAACCUAUUCAUGGUGUUGGCACCUGGAUGCUGUUUUCCAUUUCCAAGGGACAUUCCUGGGGUCCCCCUUAUCUCCUGACAGGCCCAGAGAUAUAUCUUAUCCAGGCCAGCCGGGCGUAGCUCAGGCAGAGUGCUUUACAUUCUUGGGUGGUGACAUGGCUGAUUGGUCCUUGGCCUCAGCUGCUACCUUGAAAGCUGGGUCCUGAGCAGCCUGGGUGCAGGGAGGGCUUCCUCACUGGCAGCUGGACACCAGUGGAAAACCCACUCCCACACCUACCGCCCCUGGCUGGUGAUGGGGAGUGGCUGAGAAAAGGGGCUAAUCCCUAGGAAUGUCUCUGCUCACUGAGCCUCCCUGCCCUACCUUCUGCUGGCCCUUUGACGCUGGGUCUAAGGCAGCAUCCACCCCAGGCAGGCAGGUAUGCACAGCCUUGUAGCCAGGGGCAGAGCCUUAUGUUCGGGGACCUAUUUCAGACUGAAUUCUGCACUUGAAAAUGCUUUCAGUUCUGAGAGCCAUUGUUUCUUUUCCUUUUUGUGAUUUUUUUUGGUUUUUUUUUGUUUUUGUUUUUCGAGACAGGGUUUCUCUGUGUAGCUUUGCGCCUUUUCCUGGAACUCACUUGGUAGCCCAGGCUGACCUCGAACUCACAGAAAUCUGCCUGGCUCUGCCUCCCGAGUGCUGGGAUUAAAGGCGUGCGCCACCACCGCCCGCCCGGCUUUGUGAUAGUCUCAUGUAGCCCAGGCUGGCCUUGAGCUAGUGAUGCUCCUGCCUCAGCCUCCCCAGUGCUGAAACGACAGGCAUGCACCAUCAUGUCAUUUUAUGCUGGGCUUUGUGUGGAACCCAGGGCUCCGAACACGCUCAGCAAGAAUUCUACAAACUCAGCUCUAGCUCCGGGUGAGAAUGUGUGCGCGCACGCACACUCUGGCAUCAGUUCUCCAUGUGGCUUCUGCAACUCACUCAGCUCAGGUGCUGUGGCAAGGGCUUUACCCUGCCAAGCUCUCACCACCACUUACUGUGUUCUGAGACACUCUAGCUUAUGCUGGCUGCCCCGGCCUCCUGAGCACCAAGGUGACCAGGAGUGAGCAGCAUGCAAUGCCAUACCUAACAUCAGUUUUAUUCCUUUGUCUCCAAAGUCCUUGGUUUGUUGUUGACCAUGUCCGCUAGCUGGGUCUCAUGGGUUCAGAAGUCAGCGGAACCUGUUCCUUCUUGGGAAUGAUGGGACCCAGCAAGCUCCAGCCUCCCUUGGGCUCUGAUGCACCAAAACCCAGACUGGCUAUAGCUGUGGCUUUUCAGGUUGGCCUUCCAAGAACGGGAGUCCCGGCCCUUGGGUAUCACCUAGACUUCCUUUUCCUGUUUCGAUGCUGGCUCAGCCAGGCCCGGAGACAGGGGUCCGAUGUCUUAAUCCUGGCUAAAGCCGAGAUGGACGAAUGCCCACUGACUCUUCCAUCUGCCAUGUGCCCUUCCCAGUCCCUAUUGGCGCAACAUGGCCCUCACUCCAGCACAAGACCUACAGUAGGCCUCCCGGUCUCCCUGCACUUCCCACCAAAAGCAGGUGGGGUGGGGACACAGAUUGGUGGCCAGCUCUGGGCUUGCUUCUGGCUAAUGGUAGGACACUCGUAAAUCAGGGGAAUUGGAAAUGGGUCUAUGGAAUGUCUGGGCGGGUGAGCCAUCAAUUCUUAGGGGUGAGGAUGUGGGGACAAGGUGGGUGGGACCCCGGUGGCUUCCCUGAGCCAGGGUGCUGGCAGUGAGUUUAAUCCCCAGGGCAGGCAGAGAAUAAAUUGAGGGCCCCAGGGUCUCUCAGCAUCCUGGGACCUCCCUGUCACAAUGGCUGCGGGAAGACUAAUGCUCAUGUUUCCGCUGCUCCUGUUCUUGCACCUGGGCCUCGGCUGGGGCCCUGGUCCUCAAGGGGCUCCAGCGGCAGAAGAGGAGAUCUCAUCUGAGGAGAUGGCAGAGACUGGAGAGACCCGGAAGCCCACUCAGGGUAACAACCACAUCCGCCUUCCAAGAGCCCUGGCUGCUCCAUGCCAGCUGUGGAGCCUGACCCUGCCGGUGGCUGAGCUGGGUCUGGGUUAUGCCUCAGAGGAGAAGGUCAUCUUCCGAUACUGUGCUGGCAGCUGUCCCCGAGAGGCCCGUACCCAGCACAGCCUGGUGCUGGCCCGGCUGCGAGGGCAGGGUCGAGCCCAUGGUCAACCCUGCUGCCAGCCCACCAGCUAUGCUGAUGUGACCUUCCUCGACGAUCGUCACCGUUGGCGGCAGCUGCCUCAGCUCUCAGCCGCUGCUUGUGGCUGUGGUGGCUAGCUCUGUGCCUCGGAAUCACAAGCGUGAGACAGCCUGGGCUUUGAAUGGGUCAGAUGACAUUUAUUAGAAACUUGCAUAAGUGAAGAUGAGAAGGGGACCUGGGACUGGGUAUCAGUAAUUAAUGCAAUAAAAGAAAUGUUCUAAUGGCCU